UAAACAUUAGAAGCCUCUACCUUUAAGAAGACAGAACGAACGAAAACACUCAACCGCAAACAAAAAACCACUUUUCCGUGGCUUCUGUAAAUUUCAUAUACAUUGCUAGAACAGUUACUUUUGGAGAUCGGACUCUCAAGUAUUCCACAGCUGUUUCUAAUUGUCUGAGAGGUGGUUCAAAUCUAAAGAUUUUAGAGGCGGGGAACAUCUGCUGUUCGAAGAUCUUAUUAGUUAAUCGACUGCCUGAUUGAUCAAUGUCUGCCACAGGGCGAAGGAAAAAGAACUCCUCUACCGAAGAGUAUUAUGCAAGCUUCGUCAAUCGUCCAUACUCGUCCACAAACUCCUCAUCGGCACCAAGAUGUACCACUUUUAGGUGCAUGACUCAUGGUCGAGGGGAGGAAUACUUGGGAAGAGUGUCCUCCUACUACGAGAGAGUGAGGAGCGCGGAUCAGGCGGAUGCUAAGAGGCAGAGGAUGGCCGCACUCAGCAGCACCAGGGCCAAACUGAGAUUUGACUUGGCCAACUGUCACGGAGAUACAGUAAGACGCAACCGGAUCCAGAGUGAGUUGAGUCAGGUCGAAUAUCUCAGCAGCAAGCUGCAAAGUGUCCGGAAAGUAUCAAGUGCGGCGGCGGCACCAACUCGAACCAACAAUAGUCGACGUGAGCGAUCACCAACAAGGAACACGGCCGCAGUCGAAAACGAAAAGCGAAAGGAAGAAAAAAGCGGCUAUGAUAAAAAUCCAAACAGCUGUGAGGGGAGCGAGGAAAAACGAGAUACCAUGUUUAGUGGGCAAAAGUGGACGCGCCCAAAGACCAGUAAGCCACGAAGAGACAGUCGAGACAGAGAAGGGCGUGAGAAGCUUCGUGCACCGUUUAUGGAUGAAACUAUCGUGGAAUGACUCUGAAAACUAAGUUUUGCUCUGAUCUAUCAAAAUUGACUAAACCGGUGUAACCACCAUCCAACUGAAAAUGAUCAAACUUACGUUUCAUCGCAGAAACACAGUCCAAUCUCAACACACGGUAUUUUCAACAAGGCAAAAAAAUCGAUUAGAAACUUUUUAAGAAAAGGAGCAACCGAUUUUACCGGGGAUUGAACUAAAAAAUUUUAUCCUUUCGAAAAAACAACGGUGGUAAAACGUCAUUUCGAAAAGUUGUGUCUUUAUUUUCACAUCCGCCGAUGUUCAACCGUUCGCUGAUUUCGGUCUUUCUUGUUACGCCGUCCAAAACUGGUCCUUUUUCUGUUUGUAAAUCACACUAGUGUUUGCGAGCGUUAGCCUAUUAGUACGAAACUUCUUUUUUUCUAACCUAACUCGCAAGUUUUUCCUAAUUCGAGGCUUAUUUCUACUUCUUCUUUUUGCACUUUGUAGAGCUGCUUCUUGUCGUGCUAUCGCUAGUGUUUGCGA